UCGAAGCAAUGCUAUCGCCUGAUAUCGAUUGCCGGCGAUAUAAAGUGUAAACAAAACAAUUUGCGAAUUAGCUUUUUAAUUUGGGUUAUUUUGCCUUGUAAAUAAAGUUAUUAUUAAAAUGGCAACUGCCGAGAUACAUCCUGAGUUGCCGGGAGAAUCUCGGCCAGAAGAGGACCCUCCCAGUGAAAAUUUGCAACCUAAGACUCCAUCGGAUGCAAAGCCACCUGAGAAGCUUUACGACAUCAGCAGAAUCCGAGGAUUUAAGGAUGUUCCCUUCCUAAUAGAACGUGUGGAGACCGAGGAUAUGAUCCUGACGUAUGGCACCGCCGUAGAUGAAGUACAGAUAGUGCUCCAGUUCCUGCUACAGAAGGUUCCCCCCGGUUCUGGGAUUGCCCUUCGAUUCGCAGAGCACACGCCAGCUUCCUGCCUACUGAUACUUGCGUUACUCAACCACAAGUGCCACUUUUUCCCCACGGAUAAGAUGAUGCUUUCGCAAGAGCUGCACGAACAGAUGUGCGCCGCCGGAGUGCACUUUAUUCUGGUCAAUAAACAUUUGACUGUUUCACCCAUACACUUUACGCAUCUGUCUACCAUAGUGGUGUUAAAGGAGGUCUGCAAGCUGUACAUGGUGAAGCACAAAUCCACUGCAUCCGCCAAAAAUCCCCUGCCCGCCAAUAUGUGCUACACAAUCACUACCACUGGAAGCACAGGGCGUCGAAAAAUAAUACAUGUGCCAUACGAAUGCAUCGCACCCAACAUUGUGGCGCUAAGCCAGAAGCUGAACGUCUCUAUGGCCGACAUUAUUUACCUGGGCACACCCUGCACCUUCGAUCCCUUCGUGGUGGAGUUCUUUCUGGCCCUGCAGAAUGGCGCAACUUUACUGAUCAGUCGUCACUCCAUUAGGGACUCUCCUAGCAAGUUACUGAGCGCCCUCUUUCCCGACAACCUAGCCAAGCCGGGCAUCAGUAUUCUGCAGAUGACACCGUCGCUGUUCCGGGGGUUUGGAGCCACUUAUAUCAGAGAUCGAGUGCUGAGCAGGUCCAGUUCACUCAGAGUGCUCCUUCUUGGUGGUGAACCGUUUCCCUCCAACGCUGAGCUUGUUACUUGGAUGGAUCCGAGCGUCCUCCUACAGAAACACAUUUGCAACGUCUAUGGGAUUACAGAGAUAUCCUGCUGGAGCCAUCUGCACAUCCUUCAGUCACUGCAAACUCCUGUGCCUUUGGGCAAGCCCAUCAACGAGGAUACGGUUAUACGGAUUCAAUUCCAGAACGAUAAUGAUUCGGCACAAGGAGAGCUAUUUCUGGGCAGUGCCACGCGGCGUUGCUAUAUACCAGAAAUAGAUGAUAAAUUAACUUUUUUGCAAGACGAUACCGGCAUUUGUUUUAGAGCGACUGGAGAUCUUGUCACUCGAGAGAAGGAUGGUACGUUAUUUUACGGAGAGAGGUCGAACGAUAUGGUGAAGAGGGCCGGUAAUCGUAUAAGCUUGGGUAUGAUCACUCGCAAAAUACAAAAAUGUCUGCUCAGCAGCGAGUUGGCGGCUUGCUUGUGGCUUGAGGAUUUGCAAAAGCUCAUCUGCUGCAUCCGCAGCAUGGAUCCUAAGACCAGAGUUCAGCAGCGGGCCCAGACCUUUGACAUACUCUCCAAGGUGUCGAUUGCAGAGCAGCCAGAUAGAUUUGUCUACCUGCCACACUUUCCCUGCAAUGUGAAUGGCAAACUGGACAAAAAAGAGCUCCUCAAGAUGUGCAUUCCCCUGGCUCAACCUGCUCAGCAAAUACUGAAGUGUUAUCUGCACGACAGACUGGAAUGUGUGGAGAAGGCAGAUGACACAUCGGCGAAAAGACAAAAGAUGGAGGAGCCCUGUGGCUAUGACUUGAGCUUUCGCCAGGCAGGCGGCACAUCCUUCCAUGCCAUCACCAUUUGCCGGGAGAUUGGCCUGCAGAUGUGCAUCGAUGAUGAGCAACGGCACUUGUUCGAGAUGCUUUUGGACGAGAACGUUCCGUUGCGAACAGUUCUAAGGUUCUUGGACACGGCCAAGUUGGUGGCCAAUAAUAUCAAGCGGAAGCCCGUGGAGACGGCGGCGGUAAGCUCAUGCCAUGGUGGCUUGGUCAUCAAACGAAUUGAACAUCCGGUACUCAAGCUUCAGUUCCACUGGAAGGUAAACUUCGAGAAGUGUAUAGACUCCCCAGUGAGUGAAUACGAAGGACGCUACAUUUGUGUGGGCGCACAUUCCAAAAUUCUGCGAACUCUGGAUCCCCAGACGGGCAACGAACUGAGUGUCGUCCGGCUGCCCAACCGCAUAGAGUGCAAGGUCACAUUCCUCAGCGAGCAGCUUGCCAUGGUGGGCUGCUACGAUGGUUGCCUAUACGGCUUCAAUCCGCAAACCGGUGACACUGUGUUCUGCGUGGAAAUUGGCGGCAUGAUUAAAUCGCAGCCCCUGCUUACCGCCGAUGGGUGUCGAAUCAUUGUAUGCAGCUAUUCGGAGGACUACAAUGUCUAUUGCCUGUCAGCCGAGCGGCAGGAGGUGCUAUGGUGUCAGAAGAUUGGCGAGAAGGCGAUCUUCGCAGGAGCUCUGGAGCUGCCCAGCGAACAGUCGCUAAUCAUCUGUACCUUGGACGGCAGCUGUUCACGUGUGGCCAUCACCGAUGGCUCUGUAGAGUGGACGCAGAAAUUCAAGGAGCCUAUUUUUUCCUCACCUGUCCUUUUGGAAUCCAAGUCCAAUGUCUUUCUGGCCGCCGAAGUGGCUGGUCGAGUGCACGCCUGCCAUGUGGGCAACGGGAAAAUAUUGGCCACCUUCACCACAGAAGGGAAUAUAUUCUCCUCGCUGGUGGUCAAGACUCCACCCACUUUCAUGGGACACUCCUUUGUCGUUUUCGGUUGCAUAGAUCAACAUGUCUAUUGCCUGCGAUGCACAACAGGUCCGGGUGCGAAAUCCGUGGACUUUGAGCUGCAUUGGAAGACCAAUGUGGGCGCUCCUAUUUAUACCACGCCCAGUCUGCUCACAGUGCAGCCAAAUGGUCUUCUGGCUUGGUGCGCUGCCACCGAUGGGCGCGUCGUCCUAAUGAACUUCCGAAAUGGCGAGAUUCAGUGGUCGGAUAAACUUCCUGGCGAAGUGUUCUCCAGUGCUUGCUAUAUUGAAAGUCUUCGCCGCGUGUAUGUGGGAUGUCGAGAUAACUUUCUGUACUGCCUGGGUCUCUAGAUAUUUAGGGACAUUUCCCUAAAAGAAUUCCAUAUAAGCCUAAAAGGAAUAUUGGGUAUGUGCCUUAAUACAUCAGAAUUUACAUUAAAUAUAUAUAAUUACUUUUUAUACAUAUUAUAAAUUUUUAAAAAAUAUUAGG